CAGCCUGUAAAUUGCCGUCCGAUAGACCACUACCUAGCCAGCCGCAAGCCCGCAACAAAGCACCCGAGGCAGUCAACGUCUCAAUAGCGCCGACUUGUGCGGUGCCGUCUCAACUACACUAUCCCGCCAGACCCGUCCGUCCCUGUUGCCAGCGUGUUCCAUCUCAUGCUAUCCAGCCAACAACACUAGCUGUUGGGAGCAUACCGCGACUGCCUACCAUGAAGCCCGCAUUAGCUUCAUCCUCAUCGCCAUCCUCAUCCUCCUUCUCUUCCUUCCAAGUGCCCGCCCCCAACGGCCAGCAACCUACCGGCCCACUACGGCGGCUGCUGCCUGCGGCCGGUCCCGGAGAGACGAGGCUAUCGCCGCCCGAGAUACCCGCUCCCGUCUCCGCCCCCGCCCCCGCCCCCGCUGUUGGUCGCCCCAAUGGCCGUGGCAGUGUCAGUGGCAAUGGUAGCGUCGGUGGUGAUAGUUAUGCCCACAGCCAUGGCCACGGAGAUCCCAUAAAUGCCGCGAGCCCUUUUACAACUAGCGACCCCAACUACGCUACGUCUGGUAAGCGCAGGAAGAGACAGGCCACAACGGCAGCCUGUAGCGCCUGUCGUCGGCGCAAGUCAAAGUGUGAUGGCAUACGCCCAAGAUGCUCCAUCUGCAAGGAGCGCGGCACUGAGUGCGAGUUUGACACAAACGCAGCAGAAACACACGCACAGGCUCUCAAGAGAAAGUUUGGCGAGCUGCAGUCACAGAAGAGCACCUUCGAGCAGAUAUACGACGUCCUGCAGUCAAGACCAGACCAUGAGGCCCGCGAGGUCUUCCAACGAAUCCGCCGUGGCGCAGAUGCCGCCAACAUCCUGCGUCAUGUCAACUACGGCGAUGUUCUAGUGCAGCUUGCCUUAGUCCCUGAGGCAAGGUUUCGCUAUGACUUCCCCUACAUGUCCGAGAUGCCUGCCUACUUGCGUCAUCCCGGCAAUCAAUACCUUGACUCUGAGGUUUACGAAGCUGCCCCGCUGGCAGCUCCGACCCCUGCCAACACCUCAGAGCCUCCUAGCCAACGACGCAGGCUGCUAGAUGAUGCCGGCUCUACCUCUGGCUCUGCCUCUCCAACGGACGCCACUCCCGAGUUACCCGCUUUCCCUGGUGAAGAACCGGAGCGUAUUGCUUACAUGAGACCCUACCAAUCUGCAACCAUUGUGAGCCCAUGGCUUGAUGUGGUCAAGCCAUCAAAGUGGACUUCUGUGAGCAGCGAUGAUAAUCUGAUGCGGAAGCUUCUUCACGACUAUCUCCUCUACGACCAUGACUGGUUUACCUUCUUCCAGAAGGACUAUUUUCUUGAGGACAUGGCUCACGGCCGUCCACGUUUCUGCUCAAAAGUAUUGGUUAACACCGUACUGUGUGUAGGGUGUUACUGCCACCGAGGAUUGCAAUACCGUUCUGAAUACUGGAACCCCAAGAACCUGGGAUAUCAGUUUCUUGCUGAGGCGAAGCGCCUCUUUGAGAUUGAGGCCGAAACUGAAAGGCCCCCAGAGCAGCCAGACAAUCCCAAUUCGCGGCAGAAGUCCAACCAGUGGGAACAACGCAGGCUGGUCUUAAUACAAUCCGCCCUCCUUCUAAAUCUAAUAGACGCCUUCAAUGGCUUUGACAGGGUUGGUUGGCGCUACACCCUCCGCGCCCUCGACAUGGCCAACGAGAUACAACUCUUUCGGGCAACUCGCCCCGACAUUGGCCAAGACGUGCGGUCGGUUAGGGACUUCACAGCGUGGGUAUUCUUCGGAUGGCAGAGCGUGGUUUGCCACCACUAUUUCAGGGUGCCAUUGAUGAAGGAGCCGCCUGAAUCAUCGCUGCCUGACCCCAUCCAAUGCCCUCAGUUCUAUAGCGAGACCUAUGUCAAGUACCCGUCGACCCAGUCACGCUUGCCAACAUACCAUGGUCUUCUUUUCAAGGCCAAGGCAGACCUCUGGAGCAUAGCGAAUGGCAUUACGCUUGUCCAGGUCGGGCCGUCCAAUUCCAACCUCCCCCGCAAGCUGUCUGUCGACCAGAUCCUUGGGUUCUACAAUAGAAUGACCGCCUGGCUUCGCAAUCUCCCAGAACCUCUCUCCCCCAAGAGGAUUGUAAUGCCGCAUCAGCUCAAGCUUCACAUGCACUACCAUAUCCUCCUGAUCGCGCUUCUCAAACCAAUAGUCAACUAUGACUGGGGUACAAGGACCCAAGGAGUCACGCUUCCCGCGAAGACACCCCGCGAGGCUUACCUCGAUUCCCUGGUUUACUUUGAGACGAUCCUUCGGCUCUACUAUCUCCGUCACGGAUUUAGUGCCCUGGAUAGCUUUCUCACACAUUUUCUCGGCUCUCUCUCCCAGUUGACAGUCGAGGCUAUAAACACAAAUGAGGAUCCCUCAAUCAUGGAGGCCUUGAGGUCAACCCUGCUACUCUGCACAAAGGGGAUCAAGGAUCAGAGCCAGAGCUAUUACAUUGCAAGAGGUGUACUGCGCCUCCAGGUAAGCCUGAUGCGAGAUCAGGAUGUCGAACUUCUCAAGCGGUUCGUCAUGAUCGAGGCCGACGACGUGAUAUUUGGCCCCCUCGAGCACCCAAUACAAUCGGACUGGCCGGCUUACACCCUUGCACACGAAGACUCGGCGGUUCAGCCACAUUCCUUAUCCCUCACUCGCCGCCUAGCAUCGCUGUCUUUGGAGCCACCUGGUUCGCCUGCUCGCGUUGGCUCACCAAACUAGAUGAGGGAGCGGCAAGGGGGUGGUCUUGCGGCACAGAGGCAUUCUUGCCCUCUAUUAAACACGGGCCUUUUUUAAUGGUGGCGUUAUGGCGCUAGGUACUGCUUUCCAAAAAGACUUUGAAAAGCUACGCCCUUGCCUCUCAACCACACAACCAUAACCAGAUUUGCUCUUUACAUGUGGUGGGCUAGAUAUGCGGCGGGAUUUUUCAAGUGCGAGGGGGCCAUAAACAGGAUUC